AUGGAAAAAACCCUGGAAUUCUGGAGAGUUAUGGACAGAUUCUACAACAAAGUCAAUGAUCCAGCAUCCAAAGGGGGAUCCUUCUUUGCUGUGUGUCGAGGGAAGGCUAGUGAGGGUCUGGAUUUUGCAGACACCUUUGGUCAGGGUGUCAUCAUUCCCGGCCUUCCCUUCCUUCCAAAAUUGGACCCUCGAGUCAUCCUGAAGAUGCAGUUCUUGGAUGAGAUGAACAGGAAGAAAGCUCCUGGGCUGAAGUUUAAGUCCUCUGAUGCCCGGGCUCAGCUUCCAUCAUGGGUUAGGCCUUAUGUGCGGCUUUAUGAAGGCUUUGGAAAUGUGGUCCAUGACGUUUCUCAGUUCUUCAGGGUUGCAAAUAAAAUGGCCUGUGGUAGAGAAGAAGACUGCUGCAGAGAGCUGUGGGGCAGUGUGUUUGCCAGAUACUCAGGCCUCUGGCUUCCCUUCCUGCUCACACUCCCAAAGCCCCCACACCCAGAAGGCCAAGGCACUGGAUGCCCACCUUCCCAGCCUGAAGAGGAGGAGGCUCAAUGAACACACUGGAGCCAAUGGGAUACCCAGGAUCUUUACUCAGUAUGAAUGUGAGGUGCAGAAGAGUCAGAGGAGACCAGCCAACCUGUUGG